UAAGUGACCUGUGAUCCUCAAGGCGUGCGCGCCCCCGACCGUGCCGUGCGCGCGCCCGUAAUCAGUAGACGGUUAUGCGGCGCAGAAAUCAGGAGCAGAAACAGCGCUGACUGAGCCGCAACAUCGGAAGUGACUUUCAGCAGAGACACAGCUCAGUCGUUUUUACUUUUACUUUUCACCUGGCUGCGUGAUCUGGCAGAUGAGACACCCCUCAUAUUAAAAGAUGGCAAGUGGAUCAAAUUGGUGUUAAUUCCAGUGGGUCAUCAAUUUUGUCUUGUGUGUCGCUGUGAACAAAGUCUCCAGGCUGCAAAAGUGACGUCGGUUUGCACAAGAGUGUGAGAUUGUGUCUCAUCUAACAAUUCGUCCUGCUGAGGAGCUGCUUGGGACUGUUUGCCAGCUCCCUACUUGGGGCAGAGACAGCGCCCCCACUCUCCUGCCAAAAUGGUGCUGUCACAGAGGCAACGAGAUGAACUAAAUCGAGCAAUAGCAGAUUAUUUGCGCUCUAAUGGCUUUGAAGAAGCAUAUUCUGUUUUUAAGAAGGAGACAGAGUUGGAUAUGAAUGAAGAGUUGGACAAGAAGUAUGCAGGCCUUUUGGAAAAGAAAUGGACUUCAGUCAUCAGAUUACAAAAAAAGGUAAUGGAGUUGGAGUCCAAACUAAAUGAAGCUAAGGAAGAGAUCACUUUAGGAGGCCCCGUGGGACAGAAACGAGACCCCAAAGAGUGGAUCCCACGCCCACCUGAGAAGUAUGCCCUCAGCGGCCACAGAUGCCCUGUCACACGUGUCAUCUUCCACCCUGUGUUCAGCCUCAUGGUCUCUGCCUCAGAGGACGCCACUAUAAAGGUUUGGGACUAUGAGGCUGGGGAUUUCGAGCGUACCCUGAAAGGUCACACUGACUCAGUGCAGGACAUCUCCUUUGAUCAGACUGGAAAGCUGCUGGCUUCUUGCUCCGCGGACAUGACCAUCAAACUCUGGGACUUCCAGAGCUUUGAGUGCAUCAGGACCAUGCACGGACAUGAUCACAAUGUGUCAUCAGUUGCCGUCAUGCCCAACGGUGAUCACAUAGUGUCUGCUUCCAGGGAUAAGACCAUGAAAAUGUGGGAGGUGGCCACUGGCUACUGUGUGAAGACGUUCACGGGUCACAGGGAGUGGGUGCGUAUGGUCCGGCCCAAUCAAGACGGCACACUAUUGGCCAGCUGCUCUAAUGACCAGACGGUGCGCGUGUGGGUGGUGGCCACCAAGGAGUGCAAGGCGGAGCUGCGGGAGCACGAGCAUGUGGUGGAGUGCAUUUCCUGGGCCCCUGAGAGCGCACACCCCACCAUAUCUGAGGCUACAGGUUCUGAGAACAAGAAGAGUGGAAAGCCUGGGCCAUUCCUGCUAUCUGGAUCCAGAGACAAGACCAUUAAAAUGUGGGACAUAAGUACUGGCAUGUGCCUUAUGACACUGGUCGGUCACGAUAACUGGGUGCGUGGACUGCUGUUCCAUCCUGGUGGGAGAUUUGUAGUGAGCUGUGCUGAUGACAAGACCCUGCGUAUCUGGGACUAUAAGAACAAGCGCUGUAUGAAGACCCUGAGUGCCCAUGAACACUUUGUUUCCUCUCUGGAUUUCCACAAGACUUCUCCUUACGUGGUGACAGGAAGUGUAGAUCAAACGGUCAAAGUGUGGGAAUGUCGCUGAUCGCCAUAGGAUCCUCCCCUUCCGUUCCCCCCCCAACGCCACCACUUUGGCCACUCCCACACCUGCUCUUCAGGAUGCACUCAUUACUAUGGUUACCACCUCAUCCAGCUCUCUUAUAAUAACUAUUGUCCUUUUAUGUAAAUUACUCUGGAUGUAGUUUGAGCUUAUUAAAUGUUACACAAGACACUCACAAGGUAAAAAAAA